GUAAAAAAGUAUUGGGAUGAAUUGAUAAUUAAAGAAAAUUGUCAUCCUGCAAAGUCAACAAUCGUUGUUUGGGUGCAAUUACCACUGUGGAUUUGUAUGUCGAUAGCAACUCGUAAUCUCACAUUAAUGUUACCUCCAAGUGAUGAUGCUGUUAUUAGGUUUUACGAACUAACUGAAGGUGGAAUUUUGUGGUUUACAAACUUAACUGCCAUUGACCCAACUUUGAGUUAACCCCUAAUCAUGUGUCUAUCAAAUCUUUUAAUUAUUGAGAUUCAAACACAAUCACGAAACAAAGAACCAACACGUAAUCAAAAAAUCAUAACAAACAUCUUUCGAGGUCUUACUAUUAUCAUGAUGCCACUUUCAUGUUUCCUGCCAUCAGGUGUGAGCUUAUAUUGGACUGCAUCAAGUAUUUACGGUCUAUCUCAAAACUUAUUCUUAUUGUCUCCACAAGUUCGUAAAUGUUUUGGAAUACCAAAAACACCUUACAAUAAUGAACAUCCGUACAAAUAUAUAUUGCAUAAGACUAAAUCUAAGUUAAAAAUUUCUUGAUUGCUGUUAUUGUAAUUAUUUUCUGGAAAUAAAAUUAUAAUUUAUUAGUAA